GUGGCGGCGGCGGUUGCGGCGGGGUGGGGCGAGGGCGGGAGCGGGAGCGGGAGGCCUGGUCGGUCGACCGGCAGGCAGCCAUGCCCGAGUUCCUGCACGACCCGUCCGUGCUCACCAAGGAGCGGCUGAAGAGCGAGCUGGUGGCGCACAGCGUCCGCCUGCCGCUCGGCGACCAGCGCAAGGAUGUGUACGUGCAGCUCUACCUGCAGCACCUGACGGCCCGCAACGCCCGCCGCAGCCCCGACUUCUCCAGCGACGAGGACGAGGGCCCGGCACCGGGACCAGGCCCGGGCCGCCCGCACCGGAAAGCCACAAAGAAGACAGACAAAACCAGUGUGGAAGAGAACAAUUUUAUUGAUGUGACUCAGUUGACAGAUGAAAACUUAAAAGAACAACUUAUAAAAUAUGGGUAUUCUGUGGGUCCCAUUGUGGCCACCACGAGGAAAGUCUAUGAGAGGAAGCUGGAGCAGCUGAUGGACCAAGCUUCAGCAGCAGCUGAGGAAAACCAGCCAAACGGGAGCACAGAUUCUGAUCAGUACAGCGACACGGAAGAAGAGGUAAUUGUGGCAAAAGAGCUGUUUCCAAGCAAAACCAAGACCCCCGUGACCAGGCAAAGGAAAACAGACUGCAGUCGGGUGGAGCAAAAAGAAGUGGUGAAGGACAAUUUGCUGGAAGAAGUGCUCCCCAAUCAGGCACCAGCACCCACAGGGAUCAGUGCCACUUGCCGUAAACCAAUCAGAGGGGCUGCUGGGAGGCCAGUUGAGUUCACGUACAAGGACGCACUUCCAAGGAGGCCCGUGCCCAAAGUCCAGCCGCUGGCACAGGUCAAGCCAGAGAAGAGUAAAAGCCAACGCUCCGUGCCCAUCUGGGUCCAGAUUGCGGUUCUCCUCAUCGUGGCGUUCUUCCUAUUCCUGGUGUAUCAGGCCAUGGAAACCAACAAAGGCAACCCAUUCCAUGUGAUUCCAGAGGCCCCCAAGCAAAUGGCUGGCACUCAGUGAGCUGGGUGGUGCAAGAAACAUAACCGUGGCUAUGUCCUCAUCCAGGUCUGAACGAACAGUUCUAUUGUUGUUCCAGAGUAGUCAGGUUAGGGUUAAGAGGCUGAAGGAAAUCAGUCGUGUAGAAAUGUUUCUUAAUGUGACAGAAAAGGAAACGGCGCAGCUGAACUGCUUUAGAAAUGGACUUUUUCAGGUCUCUGCACUUCAGGAUCACUUGAUUGAAAUUUAAAGCCUCAGAUUUUUUGGUAAAUUAUUUUUCUAAAUUUAAACAUCAAUUUUUUUUUUAAAGAAACCAAUCAGUCAUGGUACAAUUGGCACAUUCAGGGUAACAAAUGUACACUGAUACUCGCGCUGCAUGUCUGUAGCAGUUUUAAGUAGUCAACAAUAAGGAUUGUAUAUGAAGUCAGUAACUAUGAAUCUUUUGUACUUUUUUAAGAUACUGUUAGGGCAUUCUUUAAGCAUGAUUAGUUUUCUAAAAGUAACUGAUGUUGGAUAAUGUAGACUUUGUGUUGAUCAGGUAUAAGGAUUAAAAUAGCUGGAAGCACAACUGUUGCAUAAGUUUGAAAGACAUGGUAUCUUUCACAGAAUUUGGAUAGUACUGCAAAUUGUAUCAUGAGCCUUUGCAUAUAAGCUCUGUGACAUUAGAUAUUUUUCAUGCUAACUUCACUGAUAUUUUCCUUGUUUUAUUGUUAGAAAAUACAUAUUUACAGUUGAAAAUAGAUGUGAAUUUUAAUUUUGAAAUGUCUUUUUAGGAGAUCUUCGUGUUAGCAAUGCUGUAUGUUUGUAUUGAAGUAAAAUGACUUGAAUAUUGAUGGUAAUGGUAUUUGUAUACAUCUUCCUAACGUUUUUCUUUUCUAUAAACUAGUGACUAGCAGGUCGUUCACUGCUGCAGUAGCAUUCCAACACACUUGGGGACUUCCCUGAUCGUUUGCUGUGACUUCUGAAGCUGUUUAUGCUUGUACUCCAGGCUCUCCAUUCAGGUUACAUUGGAGGAUUGGGGAAAUACCCCACAAAUUUUGGUUGAUGCUGCUUUGACCAGCAUGCUUUGGCUUAGCCAACUAUUUUGUAGAACCCAAUGUUACAAACUUGUGUUUUAGCUUUAACCUAUCUGUGAAGUUUUUAGGGCCCGUAAUCUUACAUUGGAGCCUCUUGUUGCUUUAGGUUUGGCCAGUUUUGUACAGGUAGAAUUGUCAUGAAAUGUCAUUGUGUUAUAAUGUGAUCUAAGGGAAUAAAUGAUUAUCAAUACAA